AUCGCUCCUUGAGAUCCAGGACAACCGCUUUGCGUCAAAUUCCCAUGAAGCUUGACAGAUUGCAUGCGUGACUGAGGAUGAAUAUGCACAGGACACAUCAUUUCCUCAAUCUUUCCCUCUCCCACAACCUUGGGCGAUAAUGUCUUCAGGACGGUUCUUCGAGGGCGCACACCAUAUGCAAUUUUAUGGUGGCCAGUCGUUUGCAAACGCAAAUACGAUCAUUAACAAGUACUACAACUAUCCAGCGGCACGCGCGGAAUCUGAGCCUGGAUUGUCGAGCUGUCGGAGGGAGGACGACCAAUGGCUUACCUUGCACGGCGGACAAAGACUGAGACGGAUAGACAUGUGCGAUAUACUCAUCCUGUGUGAAAUAUCGUCGGAGACACAUUGUGUGUCGGUCAAAUUGAAGUCCACGAACCCAUUCCGAAACAGAGUGAAAAAUGUUGUAAAAAUCCGGAAAAGGGUCCAAAGCGCAGAAAUUAUUGAAUAUGGAGACCGACGAUUUACGGUCGUUUCACUUGAACCCGAGGACGAGAGAGACGUCGAGAGGAUACAAAGGCUGUUACAACCACUUUAUGCAACUGCUCUCUCUCAACGUCGAGUAUGGCUCACACAACUCUUUGGAGUGGGUCGGUCAAUGAUGCCAACACUGAUAUACCAUGAUGAGGUUGUCAGUGGAAAUACUAUCGCAAGGCGAUACGAGAGGACACCGAUUGUAUGGAGUUAUCUGUGCUACAGAUACGUCAAUUCCAGUGACGAUGUGCUAAUUGAUGGAGCUCUACAAAAAUUGUCAAAUCCACUUUCGCUCAAGUUCCGCGACUGGACGUUCAAUCUGAGGACUGGGUCAUUCCAGUAUGACGUUAUAACCUCGGCACUCUCCGACAAAGACGAAGAUACGCACUUCUUUACACGACUGCCCCCACUUCCACACGGUUGCAAUCCACCGCUCGAUUCCAUCCGCGCUGUUCCAGACUUUUUCCGGCUGCUUUCAUUGUUUAGAUAUUAUACUUCUGUCCGCCACCAUGACCUCUUAACAUUUGGCACGGUUGUUGAUCUCAGAAAACCCGGAAUCCUGGGAUACUUUCCUAACAUCACAUCUCCUGUGUGGUCCUGUGAAGUUCGUAUUGGUAUUCCCAACGUCGUUGCCAAGUAUUCGAAUUCAGUCCCUUCGCUGGUUGAUCUCGCGUUCGCGAAGAAUAACAAUGAAUGGAAAGUGGCUAUUCAGUUCUCAUUACGACUGCCCCCAGAGGAUCGGCAGCGACUCCCGACUGCCUUCCUCGCACAGACAUCUACUCAUCAUCCCGGUAAUCCCGAAGACUUGGUCUUCGUUGAUGAAAUUAGCUUUGUACUCUUAGGGACCUUCACGUCUGAUCCGUCAAGUUCUGAUCCACCAAAAUACCUACAUGUUCCACCUCUUUCCCCCGAAUGGAUCGACAAUAUGCCCUGCAUUCGCUGGCCAUCAACCCGAUUAUUUUUCUGGUCCUUUGACCGUAGUGGAAGGAUGGAGAUUCCCAAAGAGGACUGGGAGAAGUAUGGAAUCCCAGAUCUAGAGGUGAACCCAUAUUUCGGAUCAACAUGGUAUGAGCAGGCGCAUGAGGCACUUCUGGAGUAUCUUAACAAGUCUGACUUGGGUCAGUUUACCAACGAUCAUGGGUACCCCAUUCUAGUCCAAGGUGACCCACAUAUCCAGCCAAAUCCAAACACUGAGGGUUGUGAAGAUGUGUACAAGCCGAUUGAAGGCUCAUCCGGAAAUGUUGGGAAGGGUAAACAAGAUGCCCACGAACUGAAUUUAUGGAUCGAUAUUGAAGCUGGUCACGUCGGGCAAGCGUCCAUCGUUGAAAUUGCAGAUCGAUAGUACUACACAACAGGCUAGAUCAGACCUCGUAUCCGUUUAAUCUAGUUGUUGAUCCGAGUACAUUAGCUAUUUGGUUAAACUGUCAAGAUGUAUAUGUAACCCU